AUGGCAGACUUUUUCAACAUUAAGGCACGGCAACAAGCCGCUGCUCAAGCAAGUGCCUCAAAAGCUCCCACAACAAAGCAAGAGCCCAAUCGCCUGCAACCAUGGGUCGAGAAAUACCGCCCCAAGACGCUCUCCGAAGUCACAGCUCAAGACAACACGAUCCAAAUUCUCUCUCGCACAAUGCAAUCCUCGAACCUACCCCACAUGCUCUUCUACGGCCCCCCAGGUACCGGUAAAACCUCCACCAUUCUCGCCCUCGCCAAAGAACUUUACGGCCCCGAACUCAUGAAGAGCCGAGUACUCGAACUGAACGCUUCAGACGAGCGCGGAAUCAGCAUCGUGCGUCAAAAAGUAAAAGACUUUGCGCGCCAACAGCUCAGCGUAGCCCCAAACUACAACAUCAUGGUUGAAGACAAGAGCAGCGGCGAGACAAAGACAGUGCGUUACAGAGAUAAAUACCCAUGUCCGCCAUUCAAAAUCAUCGUACUGGACGAGGCAGACAGUAUGACACAAGAUGCGCAGAGCGCGCUCCGCAGGACUAUGGAAACGUACAGUCGCAUGACGAGAUUCUGUCUCGUGUGCAACUACGUAACCCGUAUUAUCGAUCCCCUGGCUUCUCGAUGCAGUAAAUUCCGGUUCAAGAGCCUGGAUCAAGGAAACGCUAUCAAGCGUGUGAGCGACAUUGCAAAGUUAGAGAAUGUGAGCCUGGAAGACGGGGUCGCAGAAGAACUAGUCAGAGUCGCCGAUGGCGAUUUGAGAAAGGCAAUUACCUUCUUGCAGUCCGCAGCCAGACUCGUCGGCGCUGUACAAGCCGUCAACGGCGGCGGUGCCGGUGCCUCCAAAAAGGGCAAGAAGAAAGUCGUCGAAGAAGACGAAAUGGACGUCGAUGCACCCCCAACUUCUACACCCGCCAUCUCCCUCCCCAUCAUCGCGGAAAUCGCUGGUGUCCUCCCGCCCGCCACGCUCUCUACUUUUUCAGACUCGCUGUUUCCCAAGUCGGCAGCCGCGAAACAGAUCAGGUAUAAUGAGAUUGCCAAGAUUGUGGAGAAUAUGAUUGCAGAGGGGUGGAGUGCGCAGCAGACUGUGGGUCAGUUGUAUGAGCAGAUUAUGUUUGAUGAGAGGGUCGAGGACGUGAAGAAGGUUCGGCUGGCCGGUGUCUUUAGUGAGACGGAUAAGAGGUUGGUGGAUGGUGGGGAUGAGCAUUUGGCUGUGUUGGAUUUGGGGGUUAGGGUUGCUGGGGUAUUGUGUCUCUGA